AUCAUUUUGAAAAUCUGAUGCGUCAGUCUUUUGUGGAAUUUGCAAGAAGAAAGUUUGGAUCAGCAAAAAAGUUAAAUAUAAAGAACUUAAAUUUUAUUAUAGAAGGAAGAGUUCCUUAGAUUUCGAAACUUCAACUAAGAAAUAUCUCGUCUGUUCUGAAUAGAUGAAGACUGUUAUUAACGCCGAGGAAGAGCAUUUGGUUUCAAAGUCAGUAAAAACAAGAACAGCAACAGCAACAGCAACAGCAACAUCAAGGAAAACGAAAACUAAUUCGAAAAUGGAGACACUAGUGGAUACGAAAGUCUUGGAUUUGGAAUCGACAACAAAUUUAAUUUUAGAGAACGUUUCGGAAGGCGACGCAUCCGCCAAACCAAAAUCGCCAAAUUCGCCAAAUAGCGAUAAAUUAUCAGUUAAUAAUGCAAAUGAUUCAAAUGUUACAGUUGAAAAAAAAAAAUCAAAGUCGAAAAAAUCGAAGAAAUGCGUACACGAUAAUCAAAAUAUAUCUGUGAAAAGCAGUUUCAACAAAUUUGAUGCCCUUCAAAAGCGAAACCUUAUCCAUGUACGUUCAAGUGAUUCAAGUAAAGCUCAACAAAUCUUCAGUAACCUGCAAGAUGAGCAGCAAACCAAUUGCAAACUUUGCUCAAAACCGGUCUAUAAAAUGGAAGAAGUCAUUGUUCAGUUCAAAUCUGACAAAGCUAUCUACCAUAAAUCCUGCUUGCGAUGCAAAGGCUGCUCCAAACAAUUAAAGUUCGACAAUUACCAGAGUCACGAAGGUGAUCUCUACUGCAAUGUACAUUUUAAGUUACUCUUUGCUCCCAAGGUCGUUGAACAGGCCGAAGAGCCGAAGCAACGCAAAACGGAGCUUAUUAUACGUGAGAGCCAACCAGUUGAGCUACCUCCGGAUGUAGUUCGUGCAUCGGAUAAGCCAGACCUAGGACUUGAUGAACUUCAUCAAUUGAACGUUCGUUCAAGAUUUGAACUAUUUGAGAAUGUGGAACAAAAUAAGCUUAAAGAGGAACAGUUGCUAUUGGAGCAACGUCCAGUGAUUAAGCGCACCAAGUCCGUUCUAACGAAGUAUCGACCAAAUGAUGUCGAUUAUGAAAAUAGAGCAUUGAACGAGAACGAUGAUGAGCCAGGUGAAGAAGAUGAGGAUGCUGACUUGAUACGCUCGAAAAAAAACACUCAAAAGGAGCGGCCUGUAGGUCUUGGCGAUGCCAUGAUCGAUAUUAAGACUAGAUUCGAAAAGGGCAGCAUGCAGUCUAAAGAAGAACGCCGCGAAGAACGAAAACAAGAAAUCCAAAAUAUACGCUCUAGACUCUUCAUGGGCAAGCAGGCCAAAAUCAAGGAAAUGUAUCAACAGGCAGUCGCAGAAUCCGAGCAGGCUAUCACAUCUAUCGGCAAACAGCCGGAUGUUGAAAUUGGCGGAGCAGCUCGUUCCAUUAAGGAGCGUUUCGAAAAAGGACAAAUGUUCAACGACAAGGACAAUGAGUCUAGAGCAUUGAAUGGCUAUAACGGCCAUGGGACAGGGCUGUCGGAGGAUGCGGAUGUCUUUGAAUCUGCUAUAAGUAAAAAGUCGCGCAGCAUCUUUAUAGAGUUAGAUGCAAACAUGGCAUCAAAUACGAAUGUCAAAUGUGAUUUUCAAAGAAGUCCGUCUAUCUCUCUGAACAAAUGUUCGAGUCAAAGUCAUCUGCUUUCCGAUAGCUCCGCCAUGGAUGUGAUAAAAUGUGACACAAAAGCGGAGGAUAUCAAAGUCGCCACAGCCGAGCUAAGUCAAAAGUUUAAAUUUUUCGAAACGUAUCGUCCAAAAGAUGGAGACAAGCGUCAAUUCCGUAUUACGCCGCCUCGUGAAGGUGUUGUUAAAAUGCCAUCACCCGAUUCCGAAUCUGAUAUUGAGUUGGUUAAACAGAACUUUCACGAUAAUGUGCUCCAGAAAACGCAGACCACGUCAACAAUGUUGAAUAAGUUUCGUGAAAUGGAGCAGAACAAAUCGUUGAAUGCUACCUGCAACAGCCCCAGACCUCUUAAAUGUUUCACGCCUCCACCAGCGGGAGAUAGACGGAACUUUUAUGAUAAAUCAAAUAGCGAAGAGGAGGAGGACGACGAUGACGACGAUGAGGAGAAUGAUUCCGAUUAUGAUGACGAAAUCGAUAAAGAAAUUGUAAACUUAAAUUCAGAUAAUGGAGAUGAAGCGCUCAGAGAGGCACAGAACGCAGCUCGGGCUAAGCAACUGCGCGCCAAAUUCGAAAAAUGGCAGGCAAACGAGAUCAAGCGUGACAUAAUGCAGGGCUAUGUGGAUAUCUAUUCAGAACAAGUCUCUGAUGAUUCAACAAUAGAAAGCGCAAAGGCAAUACGCGAGCGUUUUGAAAAUAUGAAAAACGUUGAAUGCAAGUCAACUGUUCGACCCCGGCAUCAAGUUAAUCGUUUUGUAUAAUGUUUUUUUUGGCAACUGGAAGCACAUAAA